CUUACGCUUUAUUUAAUUUGCACCUUGCUCGGCCUCCUCUUGUCUCACAUUAACCCGACAACCGCCCACCUUCUGCCAUCACACACAAACCACUCAUCAUGCAGUGCCUCAGAGACAAGUUUUAUGAUGGGGUCGUCCUUGAUGGGCGAUUCGAGACCUUAUCUCCCCUUAAUCAUGGCUCUUUCGGCAUGGUCUUCAUGGCCAAGGACCUGACCAAUAAUGAGAUGGUUGCCAUCAAAUGCUUGACGAAGAGAUCUGCCUCGGGCGACUCUGAUUCUUCCUUUGCCAUUGACGAACAAUCUGAGGAGCUAGCUUGCCACGCAAGGCUCGGAUCUCACCCCAACAUUGUCAAUCUAAUCCAUUCUUUCGAGACUGAGGCCCAUGUCUACCUUGUCCUCGAAUACUGUGCUAGGGGCGAUCUCUACGAAGCCAUCCGUACGGGAACAGGGCCCUUGGAAACGGAGCACGUCCGACGAUUCAUGCUUCAGCUGGUCGAUGCGGUCGCCCACAUCCAUUCGAAGGGCAUGUAUCACCGAGACAUCAAGCCGGAGAACAUCUUCCUGACCCAGUCCGGGGACGUGAAGCUGGGAGACUUCGGUCUGGCUACCUCGGAGAAAUGGACAUAUGAAACGACCGUUGGGAGCGACCGCUACAUGUCACCCGAGCAGUACGACUCCGCUGGUGCCGGCUACUCCCCUGAGCAAGCCGAUAUCUGGGCUAUCGGCAUCUGUCUCCUGAACAUUCUGUUCUCGCGCAAUCCUUUCACCACCCCGACCGAGUCGGAUCCACUCUUCCUGGAUUUCUCUCGAGACAAGCAAUCCCUCUUCGAUGUUUUCCCCACCAUGUCACAGGAUACUUACGAGGUCAUUGCUCAGUGCAUGAGUCUGGACCCACGCAAGCGCUCCCUCGAAGGUGCUCGUGAUGCACUGGAGCGGGUAGUCAGCUUCACCACUUUCGACGAGGCCCUGGACGACUUCCAUACGGCGGAGAGGAAGGUCGUUGCGAGUGGCAACCGUGAGCCUCUGCGGACCCCGUCCAUCCAAAGUCCUCAGAUGGAUACCGGCUCCUUCCCGUGGGCGAAGGCUUUACACGCAAAUCCUCAGCCAUUCCGUCAACUCUCUGCCAUCCCGGACGACGAGAGCUACCAGUCCGAAGACCUCUUCCCAAGCUCGGAAGAAAGCAACAAGGAUUGGUUCUCUGUUGGCGAGCAGACGCCUUCAAUGGCAUCGGUGCUCGAUUCUUCCCUUGGUACCUCGAUGUCGUCUCUGGCUAUUCGACGACUGAAGAACGAACCCCCCAAGGCCAGCCUCCCCCCCGUUUCCGGCUCCUUGCCCAUCGCCAUGGCUAAGCCCAAACCCCUGCCAUCCAUGGCUUCAAUCUUUGGCAGGAAGAAUGAGAUGGUCUCGAAGAGCUGGAGUGAUAUCUGGGAUGAGGAGAUAGAAGAACAGGAAGCCGAGAAGCAGCUCAAGACACGCCAGAUGCAGAACUCGAGGACCUACAGUCAUGAGAGCAACAAAGAGGAUGAUGCGAACCGCGGAGGAUCCACCACUGAGAAGACGGCGCCCGUGGAUAUCGAUGGGGAUCUAGUUGCGGACGGUUUCUUCUUCCACGAGACACCACGCCAUGAGACACCACGCAAGCCGGUCCCGCAACACCACUUCCCUCGCUACUCGCCACCGUCGAAGCGGAGCACUUUCGACAAGUGGACCGCGCUGGGAGAACGUCGGCGAGCAUACACGGGUACGUCGGAAUCAGAGAAGUCUCCGGAAUCGUGGAAGGUUCGGCGCAAUAUUGGAUCUGGCUUCGCUGGGUUUGGAGCCGGGGGUUGGGAUAGUAAGGGGAACAACAGUAUGAUUAAGGACAGGGGCAAGGAGUGUCCAUGGAUUAGGGAGAAGGAUAGGGUCCGGGAUCACCACGAAUACAUUCAUAAGGGCAAGCCCCAGGUUGAUCUCGGUGACCUUGAGUGGGUUGGAGGUUGGAGUGACCACCUUCACUUGUAG